CUAGAAGUCGUGUACAUUUCAAAAUGGACCAAUUUUUUCAAUAUUGCAAGAUUUUUUUUUGUCUUUUGGUUGAUUAACGUCUCUUCAUACUGGAACUUCUAAUCAUUUGAUAUAUAAAAACAGACAUAACUGAGGAGACUUAUACGUCUUAUUAUGACGCCAAAAUGUAUUUCUGAGAAGAGAAAUAACAUCUAUGAAGCUGUUGUUUAAUAAUGCUUAAAGCGGAUACUCAUCGCAUGUGACGUUAUGCUAUUCAAAGCUAUACAGAAACUUAACAUGCAGAAAGCAGCUAUCAUAUGGCCUGUCACCAAAGUCUUUCUUCAUGAUUGUCUUUUCUGCGUGAUAGGUAAAGACGCGCCAGUCGAUGAGAUGGUGGACUUCAUUGCUGCUGCUCAAUUAGCUGAAAAGUUUGCGGAGGAAUCCGAAGACUCACUUGAUGGUGCUGAAAUAAAUGAAGAAGAUGAAAAUGUCGAUGAAGUUACUGCUCGGGGACCUGAGGUUCCCAAUGAACUAUUGUUUGAAACAAUGGACAAGACUUUGCAUUUAAUGGAAAUGGGAUUCUCUAACGAUGAAAUUUCAUUGGCAAUUGAGAAGAUAGGUACAAAAGGUCGGAUGUCUGACCUUGCUGAGUCCAUUGUUACUGGUGAAUUUCCUAGUGACCGUGAAGAUAUAGAAAAGAAAGUUUCAGCGGCUCCUGCAGUGAAUCGUACAUGUCUUUCAAAGAGUUGGAGAUUUAUUGGUGUUGAUGGGGGUUCGUCGACUGGCACUGCUAAUAUAAAACCAGAUCCUGGUAUUGACUCUUAUCCUUUCCCUGCCACUGCCAAUGCGGGAGAGACCUCAAAGGGUAAACGACCAAAAGAUGAGGAUGAGAAUGAGAAUGCCUACCCCGAUGAAUGCACUGACUACGAUGACAGAGGGAAACGGUUAAGACCCGAAUAUAUGGGAGACUCAAGCUCGUUUAUGGAAAUCCCAUGGAUGCAAGAUGAGUCAAAAGAGGACACAUAUGAAUUUCCUAGAGUAAUGCAGCCACGUUUGUCCCAGAGUCUUGGCCCAAAUGUAGCCAAACGACCUUAUUUCUUCUAUGGAAACUUAGGUGAAUUAUCUCCUGGCUGGUGGUCGAAGAUCUCGUCUUUCAUGUUUGGAAUUCACCCAGAACAUGUAGAUACUCGGUUGUGUUCGCCCCUCCGUAGGACAGAAGGGUACCUGCACAAUCUUCCCAUUCAAAACCGGUUCAAUAUCCUCCCAAAACCUCGGUUGACUAUACAAGAUGCUAUGCCACUAAUGAAGAGUUGGUGGCCACAAUGGGAUAUCAGAAAGCAUCUGAAUGGCGGCUCGUGUACUAGGACAAAAGAUGUAACUCUUCUCUGUGAACGAAUUGGACGCCGUAUAGCUGAAUGCAGGGGAAAGCCUACUCAACAAGACCAGACUCUAAUACUUCGACAUUGUCACACCUCAAAUCUCAUAUGGAUUGCUCCAAACAUCCUCUCACCUGUGGAACCUGAUCAUAUGGAGUGCAUUAUGGGAUAUCCAGCAAACCACACAAACAUCGGUGGUGGAAGAUUGGCGGAAAGAUUAAAGUUGUUUGAUUACUGCUUCCAAACAGACACAUUGGGCUACCAUCUCUCUGUACUCAAGGCUAUGUUUCCUGAAGGAUUAACAGUUUUAUCACUCUUUAGCGGGAUUGGUGGUGCAGAAAUUGCGUUGAACCGUCUUGGAAUCCAUCUAAAAGGCGUAGUCUCGGUAGAGUCCUGUGGAUUGAGCCGUAACAUACUGAAAAGAUGGUGGCAGACUUCAGGACAAACCGGAGAGCUUGUACAGAUUGAAGACAUCAAGAACUUAACGACAAACAAGCUGGAGAAUUUGGUGCAGAGGUUUGAGGGAUUUGACUUUAUCAUUUGCCAGAACCCAUCAACACCUCCUGAUCUCUCUAAAGAAACCUCAAGAAGAGAAGCUUCUGAGUUUGAUUACUCGUUGUUCAAUGAGUUUGUCCGUAUCUUGAAACGUGUGAGAGAUAUGAUGGAGUUAAGUUGAUGACUUGUCUGCAUCUUUCUUUUCUAAAGACUUCCAUGGUUUGAAUCUAUUAGAGAACUGUUCUUUUGUAAAAAAAAAAACGAUGCUUAAAUGUUCUUCCAUAAUCCGCAUAGAACGUGGGUUUGUUCUUUUUAUUUUAUAGCUAUGCUACUUUUUGGAGAGAUAAGCAGUGAAUCAUGUAUGUCAAUGUUGUAUUCUGCUCACAUUUAUGUAAUAUAUUAGCCCUUUUUCUGAA